AUGAACAUUCCAAUGUUUAAAUUUAUCAAUAAAUUGGCUUUAAUAACACUAUGUAUUAUUGGUCUUAUAGAAUUGGGAUUAGCUUUGUGGACAGUAGUAGAAAAUCAUUAUAAAGUUUUAGCAUAUAAUCUUGCUGAUGUUGGUUUUAUUGAUUUAUGGAUAUUACGAUAUUUAUCGAUGUGUUUAUUUGCUUCAUCAAUCAUUACAUUAGUCAUGUGUCUUAUUUUAACAUGGGGUUUAUAUUCAACACAUGUAUUUAUAUUUAUUUCAUCAGCAAUGAUUACAUUAGUUGUUAUUGCAGAAUUUACAAUAUCAAUAAUAACAUUUACAAAUAAAUUUCAAAUGAGAUUAACACUUCAAGAACAAUUACCAAAAUUAGUAAUUACUUAUCGACAAGGUAAUGAUGAACGUGCUAGUCGAGCAUUAGAUAUUCUUCAAUCAACAUUUCGUUGUUGUGGAGCUGAUGGACGUUUAUCAUAUCAAAAUAAUGUUCCAUUAAGUUGUAACAUGUAUAAUGUUGGAUGUCUUACACGUACAAUGUUUUUUCUUGAUUCUUCUAUGAAUGUAUUAGCUUGGAUAUUAUUAUUGUUUAGUUUAAUUAAAUUACUUAUUGUUAUCUAUUUUUAUUCAUUUCUUUGUAUAUAUCAACAACAUAGACAAAAACAUCCAAAAAACAAUUCUAAUUUAAUAAAUGGAUCUCCUCAUUGGCGUCAUUCAUCAAGUUUUGAAUCAUCAUCAACAGAUAAUCUACCAAAGAAAAUACUUCUAUCAUCUGCAAUGACGAAUCAGGAUAAAAUAACUAAUCAUGAAAAUGAAUAUAUUGAAAAACGACAUAUUGUACUUAAUGAAUAUGAUUCGCAAUCAUCAAAUAGACGAGUACAAGAUGCUGCUAUGAUUCUACCACCACCACCACCGCCGCCACCACCAUCACUAUCAAUAAACAAUAAUAUUUCGGCGCCAUCUUAUGAACCACAAGUAUCAAGAAAAUUAUCAGCUAUAUCAGAAAAAAGUGAAAAAACUGAAACUGAUGAUAGUGAACCUGAUCUUUUACGUACUAAACAAUAUAAUCAAAAACGAAAAGCAAUUAUAACUGCUGCUGUUAAUCAAAAACAGAAACAACCACGACCACCAUUACCAAAGAAAUUACCAAUGAUUAAAAAUCGAAACAAAAUAGGACGAGAUGAUGACAAUGAUAAUGAUUCAGAACAUUCAUCAUCAGAAAAAUCAUUCGAAGAUCAAAACACAAACAAACAACAUUCCGAUACUCUACCAUCAAUUGAUACGAAUACAAAAUCAAAAAUAACAACAAAGAAAUCAAAUGGCAAACCACCACCAAUAUUAAGUUUUUCUAAUGUUUUUAUAACAUCUGUUUCACAAGGUGAUAUAACAAAACAAUCACAAAAUGAGAAUAUUAAAAAACCUUUAACAACAUCUCCAUCAACAUCUUCAUCAUUAUCUGAUCAUUUAUUAACGGAUGUAGCUACACCAAAACCAAUAUUAAAAAAAUCUAAUCAACAAUCAUCACCAUCAAGUAAUCCAGAUCGUAUUCCACCAAGUUAUAAUGAUCAAAAAAAAUUGUCAUCUAUUAUUAAUCCAAAAUCUUAUGUUAAAUUAACAGAACCACAUUUUAAUUCUAAUUCAAUCAAAACUUAUAUACCUUGUAAGACAAAAACUUCUUUAUUACACAAUAUACCAAAACCAGCUCCACGUCCAAGUUUAAAACAAUCGUCAAUGGGUAAACAAGAUGAAAGUCUUGUUUAA